AUGCUCCCCAGUAAACCACCAAAAUAUAGUGUGGUAGAUUGUGAGCAUGCCCACUAUCAUAAUCAUGUUUAUCAUUCAACUAAACCAGCCCUUGAGCAUCACAGGUGGGAAAACGAAGAAGAAGUAGACGAAGUGGACGAGCCAAGAAUGUUUUUCUCUCCGCAAGAGAAAUGGUUCCUGGUGACAUUCACCAUCCUUGUACUGAUCUCUUUGUUGUUCACUUCUUUGGCUAUCAUGGUAGAUAAGCACGCAAUAACGGGAACAGCUAAAGACCCGUCUACAUGUAUGCUAACGGACUCGAGUGACUGUCGCACUGUUUAUACGAAUGAUGCCGCCCGUAAAAUCGUUGAAGUUAGUGUUCGUGUCGAUCUCUACCUCUCCAUUAUCGCAUUUGUCACCUCCGUUGUUCUCACUACCUUCAAAAUCUUCAAUUGCCGUCUUUUGAUCGGAUUCUUGCUCACUGGAAUUUUCAAGACCCUCUUUGUCAACACCACCCUGAUCUUGAUUUUGACCAACAGCGCAUUCUACUUCAACACGGUUUACAACACACUCACUGGAUCAUGCGGACACAAGUUCUGUUUGGAAGACGAAACUGCAAACAUCGUUGUCUCCUUUGUUCUUCUCUCUGCUUCUGCUAUUGCUACCUUUGUUAUGACUCUCAACGUUCUUUUCCUCGGAAGUCACAUUUUGCGCAAGUAUGAUGAAAUUCACAACGAGUUUCUCUGGUCGAAAUGGGAUGCGAUGACCGCUGAUCUUAUUGCUUUCUAA